CUUCUCUGUGUUUUUGCCUAGAGAGAUACUGUACAGUUCUAUUUGGCGGGCUAUACUCAACGUUGGCUGUAGUGUUGUAUAGUGCUACUACCGGUGUAUGUCAUCAAAGUAUAUACAUUGUCCAAAGCUUUCUCCGGUGAAGAAACGAGUGGAUUAAAGCCUCUACACUCAAAAACAGCCCUUAGAAAUUUGAAACGAAGUGAGAAGCAAAGAAGAUCUCAACCAAAGUCUGCAAAAAUACCACAAACCGAAGAUGCCUCCAAGAAAGUCGAAAGGAGCUGUCUCCAGAAAAGCAUCUGGCCAACCGAAAAAAGCAGCCAGCGCUUAUGCUUUCUUUGUCCAAGACAACCAAGCCUCGGUGAAAGUCGAUUUAGGAGAUGGCAAGAAGGGACUCCUGGGGCAAAAGUCCAAGGCUUUGUCUGGCAUGUGGAGAGAAAUGGAUGAAGAGGACAAGGAACCCUACGCAGCAAAGGCAGCCACUGACAAGGAGAGAUAUAAGCGUGAUAUGGAGGCUUAUGUGGCUAGCCAUCCUGAAGCAAAGACUAAGAAGGUCAAGGACACCACUAAGCCCAAGAAGAACUUGACUGGGUUCUUUUUCUUCAGCAAUAAGAACCGCUCCAAAAUAAAGCAGGAUAACCCCGAAAAAACAGUUGGAGAUAUUUCUAAAGUUCUCGGAGCUCGAUGGGGUGAGAUGUCGGACAUGGAAAAAGCACCUUACCAAGCCGACGCUGUACGAGACAAAGAAAGAUAUGAGCACGAAAUGGACUUAUGGAGGAAAGGCAAAUUCAACAGAGAUGAGGAACAAGCCAAAGUGUCCACCGAGGAAGAGGAUGAUGAUGACUACAGCGAUGCCGAGGACUAAGUAGUAGAUCUAGUUCACUUCGUUAUCACAGCAUAAUAUUAUGUUCAAUACCUGUAGGCCAACUUCAAUCCACCAAUAUAUCUCGUGUCCCCCGUCAUACCCUUACCACACAUCUGUUCCUCUCAUACAGUCAUACUCUUAUGUUGUUUUACUCACCUUUUACUUUAGUGAAGUUAUAUUGGCAAAAACAUUUUAUUGUGCAUGCUG